AUUGCAGGCGCUUUCGAAGCAUCGGAGAAGACCGCUCUGUUCGAUAGGAAGAAGAAGGACGCUGAACAGAUCGCUGCAGAAAAGGCACAAGAGGCUGCGCACGUCGUUGAAGACCAGGUCAAGAAAGCUGGGGAGAUUAUCGGAGGAGCCCAGAAGACCGCCACUGAAGCUGCUGGUACAGCCGCUGACGCGAAGCACUCCGCAAUUGACGCCCUCGACAAAGAACUCUCGAAGGUGUCUCUUGCUGCUGGAGAGGCGGUCGAUGCAGCCAACAAAGCAGUCGCCGACGGCAAGAAAGUCGUCGACACCACAAAAGAUACGCUUGCAACGACAGCAGAAAAUACCAAGAAAGCAGCUGAAUCAGCAGUGAACACGGCUAAAGAUUCGAUCAGUAAUACAGUAGACAACUCAAAGAGUGCUGCCCAGUCAGCCGUGGAUACCGGUAAAGUUUACAUCGACAGUGCUAAAGAUAAAAUUCAUGGCACUGUAGAAAGUACAAAAUCGGCUGCUCAAUCCGCACUAGACACUGGCAAAAAUUACGCUAGUAGUGCAAAAGACACAUUGGCUAGUGGCUUACAGAGUACUGUAGACACAACAGCAAAAGUAACGCAGUCCACAUUCGAUACUGGCAAAACUUAUGCUGUUGGUGCAAAAGAUUCUGUAUCCAGCACUAUUAACAGCACUGUAGACACAACACAAAAAGUAGCCCAAUCGGCUCUUGAUACUAGCAAAACAUACGCUACAUCAGCUAGAGAUUCCGUGGCAAAUUCAGUAAACAGUACUGUGGAAAGUACUAAAAAUGCCGCCAAUACCGCUGUAGAGUCCGCAAAAACCUAUGUCGAUAGUGCGAAAGAUACAGCACAGAGUACUUUCCAAUCGGCAUACGACGCGUCAAUGACCGCAGCUUACUCUGUGUUCGACAUCGGAAAGUCAUAUUUAGAUAAUGCCAAAGAUACAAUACAGAGCACGCUACAGAGCACUGUAGAUACGACAAAAAAUGUAGCCAACUCCGCCGUUGAAACCGGGAAGACCUAUGUGAACACUGCCAAAGACACCGUUGCAAAUACAGUCCAUACAACAGUAGAUACAACAAAGAAUGUCGCGGCUUCAGCUGUAGAAAAGGGCACUGGCUUGAUUGGCACUGCAAAACAUACGGUAGCAAACACAGUAAAUACAACAGUAGAUACAACAAAAAAUGUCGCGGCAUCAGCUGUGGAGAAGGGCACCACUUUAAUAGGCACUGCUAGAGAUACUGUAGCAAACACCGUUCAUACCACUGUAGAUACGACUAAAAAUGUUGCCGCUUCAGCAGUUGAAAAGGGUACUACCCUAAUUGGUAGUGCUAAAGACACAGUAGCAAACACAGUAAACGCCACUGUAGAUACAACAAAGAACGUAGCUGCUUCCGCAGGAAAGGGUUCCUAUGCCAUUGGUACUGCAAAAGAAACUGUAGCGAAUACAGUAAAUGCGACCGUAGACACAACUAAGAAUGUAGCUGCUUCUGCAGUAGAAAAGGGCACAUUCCUGAUUGGUGCUGCUAAAGAUACAGUAUCAAACACCGUACACACAACCGUAGAUACGACCAAAAAUGUCGCUGCAGCAGCUGUAGAGAAGGGCACAACUCUUAUUGACACAGCUAAAGGUACAGUAGCGAACACAGUUAGUGCAACAGUAGACACAGGCAAAAAUGUAGCUUCAUCUGUUGUUGAGAAGGGAGCGUCGUUGAUAGAUACAACUAAAACAAUAGCGGCGUCCGCAGUAGACAAAGGCACAGCUGUUAUCGGCAGUGCUAAAGACACAGUCUCAAAUACAGUUCACUCAACUGUAGACUCGACUAAAAAUUUAGCGGCUUCCGCUGUCGAAACUGGUUCAUCAUACAUAGGAUCAGCUAAAGAUACUGUAUCUCAAACUGUAGAUAAGACUAAAAAUGCUGCGGCAUCAGCUGUAGACACAGGUUUUUCAUAUGUUGGGGCUGCUAAAGACACCGUAGCUAACACUGUCCAUAGUACAGUAGACGUGACAAAAAAUGUAGCAUCUUCCACUUUUGACAAAGGCGUUUCAUUCGUAGGAAGUGCUAAAGAUACGUUGGCCCACACUGUAGAUUCCACCAAAACCGUAGCAGCAGCCGCUUUUGAUAAAAGUGCUUCUUUGUACGAUAGUGCCAAAGAUACGGUAUCAAGCACAGUACAAAGCUCAGUCGAUACAACAAAAUCUGCAGCCAGUUCUGUAUAUGAUAAGGGUGUAUCAAUAGUUGGCAGUGCCAAAGAUACAGUAGCAAGUUCAAUGUUUAACACACAAGACACAGACCUCGCCACCGAAACCAAAAACGUUGUAGAAGACGCCGAAGAUGUUAUUGCGAACAAGUUCGAAACGAAAGAAUUCUCGCACCCAUUGCUUGAAGGUUACGAAGUGCCGCUCGAAGAUUCCGUUGAUACCAUAAACACGACUGUAGACACAACGAAGAAGGCGGCUGAAGACGCGAAGGCGCAGGCGCUGAAGGCUGCUGAGGAGGCCAAGGAGAGGGCGAGACUCGCCGCCGAGGCCGCCAAGAACGAGGCUCAGAGGGUAGCAAGCACAGCAGUAGAAGAAUCCAAGAAGGCGGCGGAGAAGGCGGCCGAGGACGCGAGCAAUGCGAUCAGCAGCACCGUCGACAACACUUUCAAGCGUGUCGAAGCCGCUACCGACGAGGGUCUCAAGAACGCUGGACAAGUCGUCGACGCCAAGAUCAAGGACGCUGACAAGUUCUUGAAUGAGAAGCGCGAGAAC